GGAACUGUAAAGAACUGGGAACCAGUCAAUCGAGCUAUUAGCCUGUUUUAUCUGCUCAGAAUGAAAGAAUUGCAGUCGCUCACGUUACAAAAUAUCGAGAACGUUUUCCGAACUCCCAGAUCGUUUUCAAGUGAAGACAAAUUUGAAUUGUCCAAUGGAGAUCAUCAGGAAGAGGUCGGUUUUCUUGAGGUCAACGACGAAGGAAUUCUUCACCAGUAUGUGCUAGUGAAAGUUUCUGAAUGGGAUAAGGCAGACCCUUUGAGCUCGUCAAUAGUCCAGCCGCAAUUUCUUAUUGAAGAUAAAAAUGGGGAAAAGUUUGGAGCUUUUGAAAAGAACCAUCUGAGUAAACUGGAGCCAGCAGAUGCCAACAAUUUAGUUCAAUUGAAAGUGAUUUUGAAGAAUCUUGCUAAAAUCCAAGCCAAAUGUUGCUCAGUCAACGAAGUUAAUAAUGAUCACAGUGAGUAUAUUUUGAAGGAUGUUGCUCAACAAGUCACAGCAUUUAGUCCUUUCAAAAAAAUUCAACAAACAAAAAUUGAUUUUGCUCUGGAAACUCUUCAGUAUGCUGCCAAGAAGUUAUCCAAGGCGCUGAAUUUGGUAGUGCAGAGUCAAUGGUGUCCGAACAACAUUUACAUCAGUUCAGAUAACAGCAAUGUUGUGUUCCUUCAAACUAGCUCCGGACUGUUACUUCCUCCAUCCUACGAUGCAGUUUUUCUGAUUUUUUCAUUGAGCAACGAGAAAUUUCGUCAGUACCACUUUGAAGAUUUGAUCAAAUAUUAUUUUCAAGCGCUAGCGCAAGCCCUAAAACGUGAAAACUCAGCGCUCGAAGAUAAAAUAACUGAAGCAUAUAUUGAAACACAGACCAGCGUUCUCCUGCCAAUUGUAAAACUUGCUUUAAUUCAGACAAUUCAAGAUCAAAAGUCGGAACAAUUUAAGGAACUUGCGGCGAAUUUGGGAAAAUAUUUAGAGUUUUCUCAUGUAAACCAAGAAGAUAUUUAUCAUGUUAUCAAGGCGAAACUAUCCAGCAGUGACUACGAUUUGCUCAACUAUUCGCUGGAGCGAUUGAGUGAAACCAACGGCCAUUUAGGAGAUUAUUUUCACGUACAAAUUGCGGUUCGAUUUCAAAACAAGGAAGAAAAUAUCCGACUGUUUGCAAAAAUUCUAUUGGCCAGUUCUGAAGCAUUUACAGAGCUAAUUGAGUCUGGCGUUGCUGAAAGAGAAUCGUUCUUCUACAGCACGCUGCAAGAUUUAUACAUAAAAUUUGGCCUACAAGACCUAAUAGAGUUUGCGCCUAAAUGUUACAUGUGUGGAGACAGAGGUAUCAUUCUAGACGAUCUGAGUAUCAUGGGAUUCAAAACUCUUACUCCAAAUACAGUCAUAAAUAUCGACGGACUUGAAGUUAUUUUGGACCAACUUGCGAAAUUUCAUGUUAGCUCUCUUAUUCUGGAAGAACGGUUAUCCGAAGAAGCAGGCGAGGUUGUCAGGUUUGAUGGCCAGUAUCCAGGAAUGUUUAAUGAAACCAUUUUCGUGCAUACUGGAUCAAUGGCGGAAUGGAUGAAAAAUCGAUUUAACUCUAUUUUUAUUCUACUCGAAAAAUUACCCGAAUUGAAAAACAGCGUUGGACUAACAGACCAGCAGAUUCGAAGCAGGCUAGAGAACAUUAGAACUGGUUUAUAUAAAAAUAUUGAAUCAUCAAAAUCGUUACGGAAUGUCAUCAAUCAUGGAGACAUGCACGUUGGUAACAUGCUUUUUAAAAUAGAAGACGACAACUCGGUAUCAGACGGAAAACUCAUUGACUUCCAAAUACUAAGGUAUCUGCCACCUGCCAUGGAAUCGCAAUUCUUUGUUAAACUUGCUUCGAAUAAAGAAACCAGAGACAAAUACCAGAAGGCACUACAAGAUAGAUACUAUGGCAAUUUGGCUAGCCAUAUGAAGAGAUUCGACUUGAAUCCAGAGGCUAUUUAUUCCAGAAAAGAUUUCGAUGAGGACCUAAGGAAUACCAAACAUUCAGCAUCAUUACUGGCAUAUUUCUAUGGAUGCUUUAUCCUUUCUGAUCCCAAAUUCAGGGAAGAAAUCAUACAGGAUCCCGAUAAGACGAACUACUACUUAGUGACCCACCAGGAUGAAUUUUUCGACGUAGCCCUGCAAGAUGAGAAUUUUAAGGGACGAAUUACUGGAAUACUUCAAGAUCUGCUCGAUUGCAUAAAAACCGAGUCUUAAAUUAAAGUAAAUUAAGUACAUUUACUAAGUAGGUAAUCCGGGUGUUGGGUUUAAUUAACUCUCAGUAAAGUACUGAAAAUGUAUUAUAGAACUUUCCAAAAAAUAUUUGUUAGGUUUACUAUUUAAGCGCAUUUUAAGUGUAAGGUCCAAAGUGCAAAUAUACUUUUUUAAUUUG